UGGACCUAUCCUUGCUGGAGUUUAGAAGAAUGAACUGCUUUCUCACUGAAAGCUAUCAAAUAUUGAAAGGUCUAGAUAGAGUGUAUGUGGAAAAGAUGUUUUGUAUAUUGGGGGAGUCAAGGGCCAGAGGGCACAGCUUCAGAAUAGAAGGACAAUUGUUAAGAACAAAGAUGAGGAGGAAUUGCCUUAAACAGAAGGUGGUGAAUCUGUGAAACUCAUUGCCAUAGACCGCUAAGGAGGCCAAAUUAUUGGGUAUAUUUGAAGUGGAGGUUGAUAGUUUCUGAAUUAGUCUGGGUGUAAAGGGGAGGAGGCAGGAGAAUUUGGUUGAAAGGGAUAAUAAACUGACCAUUAUUAAAUGGCCUAAUUUUGUUCCUGUUUUAUGGUUUUAUGGCUAUUUCAGACAUUUUAACCAUUAUUCUUGAUCUUGAUGUUUACAUUUUGUAAUAUAAAAUAAUUAUAUAAUUUGGCUUAAUGUGCUGCAGUUUAUAAAUAAAUGGCUUCUGGAACUAGUCAAGCUAUUACUUCAGAAGAGCUUCGGAGAAGACUUUAUCAGACAUUCAAAAAUCGGGGUGUAUUAGAUUCUCUAAAGUCUCAGCUUCGAAAUCACCUUGUUCAUGAAUUGACACGUCCUGAUUUAAAUGGACAUUUCCUUUCCUGUGGUCGUCGCCAGCAUCCUUCUACAGAUGAACCUUCUCUAUUGAUUUUGGCUGCAAAUAGCAUUGUAGCAGAUCACUUGAGCCGAGCAGGAUAUGAGUACUCACUGUCUGUCUUCUAUCCAGAAUGUGGCUUAGAAAAGGAGAAGGUAUUCACAGCAAGAGAUCUCCUACAGAUCAUGAAAAUCAGCUCAACAUCAGACCUUUACAAGUCAAUUAUCUCAAAUCUUCAAAAGGAUCAUCAAAAAGGAUUUCUGAUGGAAUUCCUGAAGGAACUGACUGAUCAUCACUUAACGAGGGACUUUCGAAAUGCAGAGGUUCAGACAAACAGUAUUCCACAGUAUAAGGAAUCUAUUGUUGAUAAGCUUCAAAUGAUUGACGAAGAGUAUGCAGCGUUUCAACCUGCAAGCAUGCGAGAGGACUUCUGGGAAACAAAACUGCUUAAAUAUCGUAAGCAAAUAGAAGAACAGCUUCAUGCAGAACUGCAGCAAAAGCUACAGCAUUUUAAGGAUGUGGAAUUGGCUAAAAUUCAGAUUCAGGAGAAAGAGCUGUCAAGGAAGAUCAUAGAAGACCAAAGAUUGAAACUAGAUAAAAUGUAUCAGUUGAAAGUUGAAGCAUUGAUUGCACGAGAGAAGAAUGCUAUUGAGAGACUUCAGAAACAGCAGGAGGUUGAAGAGAAAGAAAUCUAUAUGCAGAGACAAAGUUUAUUAAAAGACAUUGAAUCUCUGCGUAAUAGAGAAAUAGAACUUGGACAACGAUUUGAAGCCUUUGAAAUGGCUCAAAAUCUGCAGGAACAUAAGAACAAGAGUGUACAAGAUAAUCUCCAAAGACGGGAGCUGGCAGUGAAAAAUAUCGAGGACAUGUAUGAGCAAAAGCUUAAGAAUGAACUAUGCAAGUAUCAGCUUGAACUACAAGAAGAUUAUCGAAAGAGAGCUGAGAAAGUGGCAGUAAAUGAGAAAAGAAUUGAAGCAGAAGCAGCUCGAUUACAUGAAGAAUCUCUUAUCAUACAUUCCAGUAAGGAGGAACUUCAGCAAACUCGUGCUCAAGCAAUGAAGUUGGAGGUUGAACUAGAUGAAGCUAAAGGCCAAAUUUGUUUGCUAAUGAAGCAGAAUGAAUUACUGAAUGAAAAGUUAAAGGAUACAGCAGACUAUGCAUCAUUAAAAACUGGAAAUGUACAGUUUCAGACUGAAAUCAAACUACUUCGGGAACAGUUGGAUGAAGCUCGUUGCGAAAAUCAGAAACUUUGUGAAAUGUUAAAUGAACCUUCUGCUGCACACAUAGCACUUCAAGCUGAGUUGAAGAAAAUAGAAUAUUCCAGAAAACUUGACCAGGAUGAAUAUCAAAGACAAAAAGAAAUAUUAGAGCAGCAGUUGCAGCAUGAGAUGGAGCGAUGUGCACAGGUGAGAAGCCAACUUCUAGAAUUUGAGGAUCAAACCAGAAGGUUGAAUGUACAAGUUGAUGAUUUGAAACUUCAACUGCGACAGACACAGUUAGCUUUAGAGAAUGAAGUGUACCGUAAUCCCAAACCCUCACUGGUUGAUCGGUCGGCUCUUGACCUCACUGCAGACAGAAUAGUACCUCCUGACAUCUAUCUAGAUACUGGUUUACCCAGGAGCCGGAUAGUACUUGAGGAACGAUUCCUUUAUCCAGGCUCUAGUAUGGGUGCAAACUACUCCAAGUACUUUGGAACACCAAGUUCUUCAUCAGAUUCAGACCAAGAUUUUGUAGCAGGGGCCAAGGCCCGAAUAAGAGAGCUGGAAAAGGAGUCCGAGAACUUAGAGGAAGCCUACAGGAACUACCAAAGUAGACUGAUUCAAGCUGCUGUUCAGAGAAGUUCAGAGGCUCGACCUUUUUCUCUAUUGCCAGUUAACAACAGUAGUCUCAAUAAAAUUUCAUCCAGCCACCCACACAGAGUUACAUUUGCAGACUCUUUCUUAACUUCCGAAAAAUCAAAGCCAUCAAGACACCCAAUAUCUGAAGUAAGCCAUCAGUCAACAAAUAUAAUUGAAGAUUACCAAACCCCUUCUGUAGGCUUGUUCACUUCCCCAAAAUAUAGCUCUUCAACGCCUGUCAAACACAAACCUGAAUAUGGCAUGUACAUGAAGACUUCAGAAGGUGAGGAUGGGUCAUUUCUGAUCCGUGUUCCCAGUGUAUCCGAACAUCAAAAGCCAAUUGCAACCGGUGAAGUACAAUCCCAUGGCAGUUCAGAUGAAAGUAAUGCAAACCAUCCUUCAUCUAUCAUCUGUGGAGCAAAUGAAAGGUCAGAAAAUGAUCAGGUUGAUGAUCCCUUGUCUAUGCCUUCAACAGCUCCAAGGUUUGAAGAACUGCUUGAUCAACCAGAUAAACAUUGUGAAAUCGUGCAAGAAGGUGUUUCAAAGCUUAACAAAUACUGGGAAGAAAAUGAGGAUAAAAGCUCUGUUUCUUCACUACACCAAGAAAUAAUUUCCUCUCCAGCAGAUGCUUGUGAGUUCCCAUCAUCAUGUGGUAUGUUGUGUACAACUGAAAUGGAAUGGAUUGAAGAAGUGGAAAAAACCAGAGGAGAGGAAGAAAGCAAAGAAAAGGGAAAUCGAGGUGUAGAAGAAAACACAUGGCACGAGCAGAGACAAAAGGGGGAAGAGAAUCAAUGUUUGGAAAGCGAGGAGUCAAGUGAAAAAGAAAAGGAACAGGAACGACUAGAACAAGAAAAGGGUGAAAAGCUAAUGAUGGAUCAUGAUAGACAAAGCCCAGAAGAGCAUAUUCCAGAAAUUGUAGAAUUACCUGUAUCAAGUGUGGAUCCACUGGAGAAAUAUAUGAAACUAAUUCAACAGCAGAAAGAAGAAGAACAACAACAGAAGGAAGAACAGCAGGAAAAGAGUUCCAAGAAGGAAGUAGAAGAAGAGAGUUUGUCACUCCAAACACUGUCUGAUGGGAAAACUGGCAGCCCUGCAGCCUCACAUGAAGAAACUGAUGAUACAUUCUGGUGAAUUUGCCAUAGCAACAGCCCUUUAAUAUGGAUCCAUCACAGAAUUGAUUUAAGCUACAUUCAACAUUUUUAAAUAAAUUGUUUAUUUGAAAUUUUAUAAAUCUUAUGCCUUAUGACAGUUUUUCCAAAAAUACUUACCCUGUUGGUAAUUUUUUUUAAAUUGUAAAGGUCCUAUAAUAAGAGAAUGAUUGGCAAAUAAAUUUAACCUCAUGCAUA